CCCUGACAGGUCCAACCGGACCGCGGGAGGGAGCGAGAAGGGCAGGCGGGGAGUGCACGCCUUUUCCGCCCUGGGCCCGGAAGGGUGAUGUGGCUGAGGCUUCGCCGGCCUCACUAUGUCUGCCAUUUUCAAUUUUCAGAGUCUGUUGACUGUAAUCUUGCUGCUUAUAUGUACCUGUGCUUAUAUCCGAUCCUUGGCACCCAGCAUCUUGGACAGAAAUAAAACUGGAUUAUUGGGUAUAUUUUGGAAGUGUGCCAGAAUUGGUGAACGGAAAAGUCCUUAUGUGGCAGUAUGCUGUAUAGUGAUGGCCUUCAGCAUCCUCUUCAUGCAGUAGCUUGGAAAAAUGCCGGAAUGUAAUUGCUGUCAGAUUUCAAUAUGUAAAGGGGAAUAUCUUCAGAAAAUGAUGGAAAGAAUGGUUAACCCUUUUAUCUCUGAACAUUGGAUGAGAUAAAUUUCCAGCUGCUGUUCUCUGUUUUUGUUAUUGGACCAAUGUUCUAUAUAAAUAAUUAGGAUGUAACCAUUUAAUACUCAAAGAGUUUGUAACAAUCAAUCUCAGUACUGUUAUUACAAUAUUACAUUCUGUAAAUGUCAUUCUGUUGUGUCAGCUGCCUGUUUUUAGUAAGGUGUCUGUAAGGCACCUGUAGUAGAAAACAAAAUUGGUAAAUUAUUCGAGUUCUUUUCACUGUGAUUUGGAAAUGAUAUAUCUUUAUAGAAUGAGACCUUAUAUUGGACUAGCUUUUUAUUGAAAAAAAUGUUCAAUUUGUGUUGGUAAGGAUUGCAUUCAUAUUUAAUAAUGCAUGCUUUUCCUCUGGCCACACCAUUUUGAGCAUUAACCAGAGUACCUCUACUCUUAGCAAACUCUGUAGUUUAUUACAGGUUUUUAAACUAUUUAAAAUAAGCCUAUGCAGUUCUUAAGGAAGAAGAUAAAUAAGAUGUGACUUAAGAGUGAUAUUGGGAAAAUGUUCAUAUUUAGCAUAAAAGAGUUUAGAAUAGCUGAUUGGUGUUGUAGCCUCUGCAACCUCUCUGGUUAAAGUGUGUAAAUGUCUUAAGCAUAAAUUUGACCAACUAACUGUCAUUCUCUAAAUAAAACUGCAUUCUUAGAAUGAAAAGAGCAAAAGAGAACAAUUACAGAAUGAUAAUCCAAUAUGUGUUUUUCAUUUUUUUUAAGUGUCAGAUCUCCACUUAUUUUAAUUACCCCAAAAGGCAAACUGUAUUUUUUUUGUUUUUUAAUACAGCACUUUAAAUCUAGUUUAUGUUUUGUCUGUCGACUUGAACUGGAAUCUCUUGUGUAACUUUGUAGGUGAUGAUAAGUAAUUUUCAAAUCUACUUAUAUGUAUACCAUGGCGUAAGUGUCUUUGAGCUUUGGUAAUAAAGGAGGACCUUCAGUAAUUUUCAAUGAGGAAAGAGGGACAUUGGAAAUGUGACUUACACGUUUUGCAGUAGAGCAGUUAUUGUAAGUUUAUGGUUAACAUCUCUUAAGGGUCAUCCAAAAUUCGGUUCCAAUUUCAAAGCUAAGCGAACUUUAAAUAUCUUAGCUAAAAAUUGCCCGUUGUAUAUAGUAUUAAUUAUUGUUCUCAGCUAUUAAUUCCUCAGAAAGGUAAAAAGAAAAAAAAACUUCUUAUUUUUUUUAGCAAAAGAGAAUUAUUUUAAAAUGAGUCUGCUGGUAGCUCUUUCUGUAGAAACAAGCUAUGGAACUGAAAGCCACCUAUUUUUAAAGACUAAACUAUCUGGAAAGACUUCUAAGACACACCUAAGAAAAGUUUAUGCAUUGUCUGCUUUUUUUUUUUUUUAAUACAAAGGAUAAAAGCUGUAGGCGGUCAGUAUAUUUAUUUUACAUUUUUGGCAUAUCUAUAUAGCUGGUUUAAAAUGGUAUAUUUUGCUUUAGACAGGGAAUCAGGUUAUGAUAAUUGUUUCUACUCUGAACUGUCUCUUGGGCUUUUCAUUAGGUCAAGGAUCUUCAGGGUAUCCCCAAAAUAGUACUCUUAUCAGCAUAUACAUGUAGAAUAAGGUACCUUUCUCCAUCUAGUUUCUGAGUGCCCAUCUGUUUUCCAACUCUGAUGCCAACUGGACUUUCCAAAACCUUUGUCAUCUAACUUUUUAUAUGCUAACAAAUCUAAUGUAACAAAAGGAAAGAAUAUUCUAGAUAAUCAUUUCUAAGACAUUUCUUUAAUUGGGCAUUUGGAAGGAUGUAGGUGGAAGAUCGAGGAAGAAAUCGUUUCUUUGGAAAAUUUGUGGCAAUAUACAAAAAUUUGUACACUGUAGAUUCUGAACAGUGGGAAGCAGCUUAUUUCUGACCCAAGCCAUUCUGACUGUUCGUAACACUAGCUCUUUGGAAGAUGAGGGAAAAACAUAGGAUUCCAUGAAGAAAAGCGAUUAGCAUUUUCUUUAAUGUUUCAGAGAGUUACCACAGAGUCCUGCUGUAUAACCCAAAGGGCAGUAUAGGUAGUUUUAAGCCCACGGAAUAUUCAGAUACUCCUUUAGUAGUCUUGGUGGGGUGGUAGGAUGCAGAAGAGAACUGAGGAUAGUGGAAACAUCAGAUGGACCUCCUCUGUCGUGUAGUCUUAUCGCAGAGCCGGAUGGGAUGAUGGGCACUGAUGUCUACAGCUUGCAAGGUUCAGAUACUCACCCUAACUUCCUUCCUGGCUCCAGACUCUUGAUUCCAUCUCACCUGGAAUUUGUUUGGGGCUGAUGGUUUAGUUCCUGAUUGGCCUCAGCUGUACCAAUAGCAGGUAUAUGUCUUCUUUCUAGGCAAUCUGAAAAGAUGGUCAAUCAAAAGGCCACACGGUCUGUUGAAUUCCCUCUGUGGCUUCAAAAUGUUUAGAUUCAAGUCUGUUGUCUUCGUAAUGCCUGUGCUGCUGUGCCAGGCACUGUCCCGAAUGCUCUUAAAUGUUCAAAUUCAAAAUAGCGCUUUUGUGCUAGGGAUAAUAGUAAUAUGUAAUUUGUAAUAGACUCCUUCAUCUUAGUAAUAUGCAGACCAGUCUAGUUUUACCUUAGGCAAAAUAGAGAAUUGAGUGAAGUGACUUCUCCAAGUUUACAAAGUCCAAAAUGAACCGAUCUCUGCCUAGUUUUGUGAAAAAGACCUAGAACUUGUAAAUAAAAUAUUUAUAUUUCACUACUCUUUCAAGCAUUUAUAGAAUACAUGUGGUCUAUUCUAACUGAAGAUAGACACGUACAGUUUCUUCCCUCCAGUAAUCAAAACAUAGUGCAGGAGAGAUGAAGUUAUUUAUAAAACGUGCAAUGUGAGAGCAUUUAUUAUUGAGAUAAUGCCAGGAUUCUAGAAGAAAAUAAAAGGAGGGUGAUGACUCAGUCAAGGAUGUGACCUUUCCAAAGAAGCAAUUUUAAGAGCAAUAUGCAGAAGCACCAGUGGUACAUUGUGGGCUGUAAUUACCUUGCCUGCUGUGUCACUCGGGGAGGAGUGAGACAUGAGCCUAGAAAAGUAGACAGAGCUCAGAUCCUAGAGGAUCUGUGUGUUUCUCGUUACUAUCUCCUACCUACCUCAAAAUUGAAAUUGAAUAUGUGUUCCCUCCUGCCUGACAAAAAAAAGAACCUCAAGGGAAAAAUGAACUCCUCCCUUGGUGUGUAUAUAAACUAGAUUGACUGUCUGCGCCAACCUUAAUUUUGACCAGGGAUACAAUAGCAUAUUUUCCAGAGACUCACCUGCAUAGUAAAACUAGGUAACUAACCAAUCAGGUCAAGUAUUUUUAGGAACCUUUUUACUAGCUCAUACUCCAUCAACACCAAAAACAGCCAUGAUUGUUAAAGCAUACAUCGGCACAAGGAGCAGACGUGGUUGCAUUGUCUACAUUUCCUGGGUGCACAGAAAAGAUUUCCAGUAAGCAAGGACUUAAAGCUCAGAGAAGUUACUGGAUCAUACAUAGCAAAAAAACAAGAAUGGAAGAUUCUUGGGGAUGGCUCUUCACUUUCUUUGGUAUCCAGUAUGAGUAGAUGUUCAGAAUAUAAGUAGUCAAGUACAGCAAGUCCUCAGAUAACAUUGUUUCAUUAUCAUGUUGAUGAGCUGCCUUAGGAACUUAACUCUUGUUUAUAUCAAUUAGGCUGUGGUAAAAUUACUUGUACAUCAUUUCACUUAGUUACAGAACCUCUUAAAGACGUUCGGUGAGGACUUAGUAUAAUAGCAUUGUGAAGACUGCACAGCCUUGUUAUUCUCAAGUUACACUAGCUUCCAAAAGUAGCUUCAUAAUUAUGUCAUUUAUAUACUGCCUUCCAUGGUGUCUUACUUUGCCGUAAAUCCCAAAAUAAUAGUUGGAAAUGCUAUUACAAUAUCAGAAGGGGGGGGAUAUAUUUCCUUUGAUUUUCAGAGUAGAGAUGCAUUCUACUCUGGUUAGUCCACAUGUCUAUGGUAUGUAAUAAAACUCAAAAUGAACUUUCAAA